GAAGUAGAUGCUGAGUUCUUGUUAAAGAAGCAGCAGGUUAGAGACUCUGACAGUCGAGAGCCAGAGACCGAGAGAGAAGCACGAUGUCUGAAUUCAGAAGGAUCAUAAUGUCUUCAUUCCUGAUGCUGCUGCUCCACUUUACAGCUGCAGAUGUGAAAGAUUACUUCCGUAUUGUCAGAGUUGGACAUAAAGUCACUUUGCCUUUUGACAAUGUGAUACAUGAUCAGGAUAAGUGUGAGAGUACAACCUGGCUCUUCAGUGGUUUAAGAAGUUCAGAAGCAGAGACGCUGUUUGAAGGCGGACAGAUUCAGAACGAUGCCAAAGCUAAACGAGACAGACUGAGAGUUAUUAAAAACUGUUCUCUGGUUAUAAAGAAGGUCACAGAGGAGGAUGCUGGGCUUUACUUCUGCAGACAGUUCAGAUCAGGAGAACAACAAGGUCCAGGCUCUCGUGUUGCUCUGUCUGUUGUUACCUUGACUGAACAUCAGGUCAAUGAUGAGGUGACGUUACGCUGCUCUGUGUUGACAUAUGCAUCGUGUACACACAAAGGGAAGUGGCUUUUUAAGGGUCGAGAUGUGGUUAAAGAUCACAGAGAGAUAAAGGCAUCACAGUCUUCCUGCUCUGCCUCUGUGACAUUUCUGACUUCUCAUUUUAGUAACACACCAAGGUUUGAGUUGUUUAAAUGUGAAGUAAGAGAUGGUAACAACGUGCAGACCUUCAGCCCUCAGUCCUCAGCAACGACCACACCAAAAACAACAACAACAGCUAACAUCAACAUAAAAACAGGACAAGACAACAAACCAGCAAAUCCAGGUCGGUGGUGGUGGAUCAUCGUUGUGAUAGUGGGUGUUGCAGCACUCACAAUAAUCACUGUGGCUGUCAUCAGACGGAAGAGGACUCAAGGGAAUGAAACGCAGACGGAUGACAACGUGGCUGACCCUGAAGAUGGUGUUUCCUACGCCUCCAUCAGCUACACCAGGAAGAGCAGCAGGAAAGCCAGGGCUCACCUUCAUGAUGAUGAUGAUGAAGAUGAUGCAGUGACCUACAGCACUGUGAGAGCUCCCUCCUCUUCCUCUGCUGCCUCCGUUGAUCCCAGCCUCCUCUACGCCACCGUCAACAAACCAAGAAAGAAACCGAUGUAAUGUUUAAAUCAAUAGCAAGAUCGCUUGGAUCAAAGAUUUAGAGUUUAAGGGCACAGCUAGCAGAGUUUAAUCAGAUUUAUAUUAACCUUGUUUUUGCUUUUUUGGCUUAAAUGCAUCAAAGUGAGAGUACAGCAGCAGCUUUAUGAAAACAUGUGAGUCCCUCUAGAGGUGGAUUGUGAAAAAGGUUCAGACAUGUUGGAGAUUUACUGUAUUCUUAAUACUUAGAGCAUGGGCAAAAUGUUU